CAGCUGCAAGGUUAUGCAGGGCUCCAGCAGCAAAAUUUCAUGCAACAAGCAGAGAGUUACGUUCAGAGCGGCCAGACCACGUUUGAUACUGGAAAUCAAGGGCAGAUGCAACGAAUUCUGCCUCGGAGUCUACCACAUGUGAGGCAGAGAAUCAGAAGGCGGAACAGGACAAACAGGGGAAUCAUUUCGAAUGUACACUCUGUCGCUGCAGGCAUAGAGCACAACAACCGAGAACAGAACACUGCAACCAGCAUCACAGGGCCUGUGACAAGUGGAACCAUCGUGCAAACUCUACAAAUUGAAGGGAGUCAAGAAAGGUUGUCUCGAUUGACUUCGACAAUAACAGCAAUUGAAGAAUCAACAGGCAUAGGGGAGAAUUUCGAAUGCAACAUUUGCUUUCAGAAAGCGAACGAAGCGGUUGUUACAUGCUGCGGCCAUCUCUUCUGUUGGCCGUGCCUGUACAGAUGGUUGCACGUGCACUCCUACCAUAAAGAGUGUCCAGUCUGCAAAGGAUCUCUAACCGAGUACAGCAUUACGCCAAUUUAUGGGCGUGAGAGUGCUCUAGCUUCAGCCAGAAUGCAAGGUGCAUUAGGGACCGAAAGGAUACCUCCGCGCCCUGCUGCAAGAAGAAUAGAGGGCUCAAGACAACAGAGAGAGAGGGAGGAGCGUGAGAGUGAGCGAGAACUUCGGGAGGCAGAAGCAAGGGAGAGGACCAACCAAGAACGUCAGCAAGUGUCGGAGAUGGAGCACGAAGCCACAAGAACUGAUGAAGGAGAGCAACGACCACUUGGUUUUGAAGUCUCAACUAUCAUGGCGACAACGCGAAGAGUAGUGGACAUUCCACAGGAAAGUGCGGCAACCGCAUCUAGAUUGCAAGUCAUGGAGCAUGAUGUGAAUCAGUUAGGUGGAGAGACAGGCGAAUCGAUUGAACACUCACAGAGCGGCUACCUGCAAAGAAGAAUAGCCUUCAGACAAGAGCAGCUCCGGCAAGCUCUUGCAAACUCUCGUUACAAUGCUGCCAUGAACCAAAACCUUGAGGAAAGAGAUGGGGAAAGACAUCAAACCCUCUCAGCCAGUACCGUUCUCUCACAAGAAUGGGAGAAUAUAAUCAACGGCAGCCGUCUUGCGGUAGACCCUACACAGGCUACAGCAUGGUUAGCAUCAAUGCAUGCACGGCUAGCAAACAUGGAAGGGAACAUAGAGCUUGAUGCUGAUGCCGCACAACAAAGACGACGGAUGAUGGCUUCGGCCGCUUCCCAAGGUUCUCAACAUUCACAGGAAGAUACCAUCAACCACUUAGCAGUUCACCCCUCUCAAUUAUCAGACUGGAUCACCACCAUGCGCAACAGACUCAACAACAUCGAGCAACUUAUGCAAAGCUUGGAGCGUCCCAUUGCAGGAAAUCAAAUGUCACAAUCCAUAGCCACUACACACAGGGAAAACCUCAGUUCAGUCCGGAUUGGUGAUACUGAGAACCUGACUCCAAAUGGCUUGCUUGCCGAGAUAAAUGCAACCUCAACGCCACAGGAAGUUGCAUCUGGUUCUGAACAAAGUCCAAAUGCCGCUGAUGGGUAUGAGACCGGCUCUGAGAGGAUCGAGCCAGAGCCUCAACCGGUUAGAAGCUCAAGAAGGAUGAGGGAACAUUGUGAAGAGGCUUCGCACGUGGUUGCUCUUGGGGAGGAAUCAGUUGCACAUCAUGAGGACCAGUUGACCUUGGCCCGCAAACGGAGGAGGUUGGAUUGA